GUCAUACGUGCGUAGUCGGAGUGGACGCGGUCGCGGCGAAGAGGGACGCACGAAGAGAGGAGAGUCUGAUCCGGAUGAAGAAGAAGCGGUGCCGACGCUGGGACAAGCAGAAUCGUACGAACCUCCAUCGCGGCCGCAUCGUCGCGUAUCCUUCCCUUUCGCACGCGCGCACGAAAAAAAAAACAGAAGAAAACGAACCCUGUUAGCGCAUUCGAUUUCGCGAGAUUUUUCGACCGACUCGAAUUAGCGGUACUUGAAGAGCAAACCGGAAAGGCCAGCAACUUGUAGCGACCAUGGUUUACGAGAGCGACUUCUACACGACCCGGCGACCCUACACGCGACCGCUCGUCUCUUCCUACACUGUCUCGUAUCGACCUAUUACCAUCAUACCGUUCUCCAGCAAUAUCAUACCACUCUCCAGCGUCAUCCAGUUGAGGACCGUUCCUCACAUGCCAUACGUGGCACACAAGAGACUCGUCACCAUAGUUCACUCGCCGAUCCAUCAUGUGUACUACGCUGGCGCAAUGAUACCGAUAAGAGUGCGAACACGCGUGCGGCCCAGCAUUCUCGCAGCUGAGCUCAACAGGAUACGCGCCCUGCCGAGACCAUCUAGCCGAUCCUACAUUGAAGAAUACCUAAAUUCUCGAUACAACAUACUUUUCGACGAUGAGGCAAGGGAUAUUCGCGCAAAAGUGGAUUCUCUUCUUCGACGUGUCCAUGUGUUCGUGCCAAGAGCAGUGGCAAGGUAUCCGACGAAAAUAAAAUGCGACUUUAUCGAGGAGAUCAUCCCGGAACGUAUGCGCAGCCACGAUUACGUCCGUCGGCUGCUCAGCGGCCGUAGCAACGCGAAGAAACAGGUUGACUAUCUGAGUUGGUACGAAGUGCCCGAUCGAGGUGCAUUCGGCACUCUGGCAUGCAUCAAGUAUGUUGCCGGCAAGCCACAAUCUAUCAGAAAACCGUACUACAAGGUCGCGGACCUUCGGCCGGCUGACAUCCGCAACGACGUCAACUUCCUCAGCUACUACAGCAAGAAUCGUCAGGCGGCCGCCACUGCCUCCUCGGGUCAGCCAAUGACAGAUCGAGAGAUGCGAAAGGUACGUGCAUUAGGCUACGAUUCAACAGCCCAGGAAAAGAAAACUCUCGCUCAGGAAGAAAAAUCGGAGAAGAAAGCGAAAAAGAAGCCGGAACCGGAGAAAGAACCGGAACCGAUACGUGAACCGGAGCCCGAACCGAUAUUUGAAUCUGUGAACGAACCAGAACCGGUUCCAGAACCUGUAAAACCAUCAAAACCGACGAAAGCAUCGAAAUCAGCGAAAUCGGUAAAAUCCGCGAAAACGGCUGAGCCUAAAGCAGAACCGGAACCAGUAAAAGAACCAGAAAUCAUAAAGGAACCGGUACCGGAACCAGAAUCGGUAAAGGAACCAGAACCGGUAAAGGAACCAGAGCCUGUUUCAGAGCCAGAAGUGUCAACGGAACCAGUCGCGCAGGAUGUGCCAAUCGAAAGUGCAGAGGCCGUAAGUGACGAAGCUGAGGAAGAAAAGGUGAAGCAAGAUAGAGAAGAUGCAAUAAGGAGGGCUGAGGAGUACCUUGCUAAAGCGGCUAGAGAAGCGCAAUCGGAAGAGGAGAGGCGAAAAGCCGCGGAGGAGGAACGCCUGCAGCUUGAGUUGGAGGAGAAAAAAGCGUGGGAGGCUCUGCAGCUUGCACAGGAACGAAAAGCCGAGCUUUCCCAGAUACUGGAAAUUGAGCAGCAGGAAGCUGAGAGGAAAGCAGAAGAGGAAAAAUUACAAGCUGAACGCGAAGAAGUGAACAGAAUAGAAGAGGAGGAAAGAAUAAUCAACCAGGCAAAUCUCGAUGCGCUCAUACAGGAGCAAGAACAAUUGAUAAUCGAGGAACAUCUCGAAGAAGUUCAAAAUCAAAAGCAGGAACAGGAGGAGGCGGACGUCACGCAACUUGCAGCCAAUGAAAACAAAGACGCCAGCUGCGCUGAGGAUCCAGUGGAUCUUGGCGAAAUAUCUGAUCAAGAAAAGGAAGAGAAGCCUUAUGAUGUUACCACGGAUGAUGAAACACGGGUCGAAGAAGAAAAUGUCCACGAAGAGGAGCCCGAGAUGACCGAAGAUCCGUUCGUUGAGGAGCCAGAAGGGGCUGAGAAUAAGCCGCAAACGGGACCGACGGCAGUUGAGGAUGGACUUCAAGUCGAGGAAGUUACUUCCGGCGAGGAAUUCGAAUGGGGUGAUCAAGACUCGUAAUUGAUUCGGUCCGCCCGAUUCGGACUACUUCGCGGCAUCGAUGGACCAUGUUCCUUUACUGUCAUCAUUAACGCUAAGAUAUAACAUGUCUUCGUUAUCAUCCCCGCGAAUAUCAUUUAAUUCGUCAUCAAUGCAGAUAAUCACCGAUCGGUGACGCGACGAAGAAAUCUUAAUUAAUUUCUAUUUUAUUAGUCUUCUAUUUAUUUAUUCUCUCCAUUUAUUUAUUUAUAAAAUAUACACUUCACAUCUAGUUUUACGUUCAUCAGCGCACAUUUCGCAAUCAAUUUCAUGCGGCACAUUGCGUUGAUCAUAUUAGACAAACUCGCGGAUCGAUAUAAGUUUAAAACUGUGGAAUUUCUGGUAGCUAUUUUUUAUUAGCUAAUCUCAGAAGGACUGAUCGGAGACUCGCCUAUGAUCUCCGUGCGAUCUGUGAGUAUUUAUUACCUACUAUUUAUUUCAUUAUUGAUCGCAUAUCUCUUUCGCAUCUCUUUAUAUGCCUCAUCAAAGAGCGGCAACCCGUAGAUCGAGUCUGAUACACAUAUCGAUUUCCGUUGGUCUGCCGGUGGUGGUGAUUCGUUUAUAGUCUCGGAUAGUAAUCGGGUAGAAAUAUCGCGACGUAUUUUAGCCGUCCAUUCGGCAAUCGUGCAGUCGAGCUGACUUGUCGUCGUCUAUUUUUACAGUAACAGUUUCGAGUUCAGCCAUGAAAUUGGUUUGAUUGCGAUUGUCCGAGCGAUCGAUUGGAAAAACGAGAAUUCCGGAAAUAAUCGCGAGCACGAUUUAAGAAUUAGUGGCCAUCUCACGACUCUCGUCACUCGGAAAGUGGCUGCAGCCAUCUGAUAUUUAUGUAUUAGUAUUACUUAUUUAUUAAAAAGAUACUAUACACGUAUACUAUAAGAGUGUUGUAAUAAUAAAAAUGAUUAAUUCAAUAUGAAGAAUCUUCGUGAUUUGAUAACAGGCUGAAAAAGCUCGGCUUUUCCACAAAAAAAAGUCGUGAAAAUAUUGCGAAGCUAGGAAUGAAAUGAGUACAAUUUUUUCAAUUAAUUAAACUCAAGAUAUACAUAUUUAAUGUUUCAUAAAAUUUUCAUGAAAUUCCUUAGCAUAAUAGUACAAAAUGGAUAUGAAUAUUUGCGAUAUGCAAAACAUGCUUAUUAUCUUUUCAUUUCGAAAAACCCUCUGUUGUUUUUGCUGCGAAUUAAGAUUAAAAUUAGACAUAAGGAAAGCUGCACAAUCUGUAAGAUAAUCGACAUUGUGUGCUGUGUAUGAAUAAAACAGGAAAGGCUUGAUAAAGUAUUUAAUGAAUAACGAAAUUAUUCUAUAUAUAUGUUUCUGUAUUUAAGGCGCACUGAAAUUCGUAACACGCAAUGUGUACUUACGCACAAUGCCUAUUUUGUUUAUGAAAAAAAUAAAUAUAAAUGGUAAUAUUAA